AUGGCAGCAAGAAACCCAGGUCCAUAUUUGAAUCAAGUACCAUUAGGAUUUCCUAGUUAUAACAGAAGAGUGUACAGAGAUAUUUUAGCAAGGCGGGCUUUUAUGGAAUCUGAAGUAAACACAAGGGUUUAUAAAAAUAUUUUUGAAAACCUUGGUUUUAAAGGACAAAUAAGAAUUAACAAUAAAGUUGGUGUUAAUAGAAUACGGAUGAGGUGUAUACAAGGAGGAUAUUCUAGAGGAAUUUAUAAAUUUACGCGAAUGGCAAAAAUGGCCUUUUUUCAAACAGCUAGAGAAGGUUGGUUAAAAAAAUAUGGUUAUAGAGCUGACCUGUUCAGGUAA